UUUCAGGCAGUGACAGUGACUAAACCGCGAACAUUCCUAGCUCAAACUGAUAAAUUGAAGGAUCACUCGAUCAGACAGACACGUGUACCAAUAUUCCAAGAAAAAUACUGUGUGCGGUUUUCGGGGCUGACCCAAAAAGGAUAGCUCUAAACUUCUGCUGUUAUUGUCAACGUGUCUGUUAUAGUUUGUCUACGUUCAGGCAUUCAUUCGAGAUUUUUUUACAUCCAGAUAAGAGCUUAUGUAAAUUUUGUAUUUUAGUUAAAUCACUUUAUUUUUAUUUACGUAAAUCAUCGAACCACGCCAUUUCAAUAUCCAAAAUCAGAAAAUAAAACAAUUUUCCGUAAGCGCUGAGGAAGACAUUUGAAAUAAUCAUUACUAUGAAUUUUAUGCGUGGACAACAUCGUGUGCUGCAUUUCGUGAAGUAUAUUCGCUUGCACAGGACCAGCUGGCAUCGCUAUGCAUCCUGCGAGUCCUCCAAGGGUGCCGGCGGUGGCAAGGGUAUAGUAUUGGGUCUGUACGAGAAGGAGAGUGGCAAGGGUCCCAGACUGACGCCCGCUGGAGAGAAGUUUGAUGAUCGUGUGAAUGGCAAGAUUUCUGAGUUGAUUUGUGAAACAAAGAUCACGGGUCGCUUGGGUCGCGGCAAGGUCUUCAACAAUGUGGACACCGACUUUCGAUCCAUUUGCGUUGUGGGUCUGGGCCUCGAGGGCAUUGCCUUCAAUGAGCUGGAAAUGUUGGAUGAGGGCAUGGAGAAUGUGCGCGUUGCCGCCGGCAUUGGUGCCCAAUCAUUGCAAGCGCUGAAUUGCAUUGAGGUGCACGUGGAUCACAUGGACUAUGCGGAACAGGCGGCUGAGGGAGCUGCUCUCGCCAUCUGGCGCUAUGAUGACAAUCUAAGCAAGAAAUAUCGUACAACUGUGCCCAAACUGGAGUUGCACGGCUCACCCGAUUUGGAUUCAUGGACGCGUGGUCUAUUCAAGGCGGAGGCACAGAAUCUGGCUAGACGUCUGUCCGAUGCACCAGCCAAUUGCAUGACACCAACCAUAUUCGCUCAGGCCGCUGUGGAUGCGCUUUGUCCCUGCGGGAUCACCGUGGAGGUGCGCACCAUGGAAUGGAUCGAGCAGCAGCGUCUCAACUCAUUCCUAAUGAUUGCUAAGGGGUCCUGCGAACCGCCAGUGCUGCUUGAGAUUGCCUACUGUGGAACCGCACCAGAGGACAAACCACUACUGCUGGUGGGCCAGGGCCUCACCUUUAAUUCGGGAGGCAUCAAUCUGCGUAAAUGCAAAGGCAUGGACGAGUUCCGCGGUGAUCUAACCGGCGCCGCUGUCAUUCUGGCUUCUAUGCGAGCAGCUGCUGCUCUUUCGCUGCCAAUUAACAUCACAGCGAUCCUGCCACUCUGCGAGAAUCUCCCAUCCGGCAUGUCCUGCAAGCCAGGCGAUGUGGUCACCCUGCUCAAUGCUAAAACGAUGGCUGUGCGCAACGUGAGUCGUGCUGGAGUCGUUGUCAUUGCCGAUCCCAUGCUGUAUGGCCAGAUUACGUAUAAGCCGCGACUUGUAGUCGAUGUGGGUUCCAUGUGCAUUGGCAUCAAGAAAGCCGUUGGCGGUGGCGCAACCGGUAUUUGGUCGAAUUCGCAUUACAUUUGGAAGCAAUUCCAGCGUGCUGGCUCGCUAACUGGGGACCGCCUGUGGCGCUUCCCACUCUGGCGCUUCUACAAGGAUCGUGUUGCUGAAAAUCUCAGUUUUGAUUUGGCUAACGAUGGCGAUGGUCACGCCUCAUCGUGUUUGGCAGCUGCCGUCCUUCAUGAACUGGUGCCGUGCAGUGAUUGGGCGCAUCUGGAUACAUUUGGCACGGGACUGCUGAGCACAUUUGGCCUGGUUCCAUAUCUAAGUGCUGGACGCAUGACGGGUCGACCGACGCGCACCCUGGUCCAGUUUCUCUAUCAAAUGGCCUGCCCCGAGCAACCAAAGUAGUUUCCAAAACAACUCACAUCCACUAUUUACACAAACAGACAAAUUUAGGAAUCGUACACAGAAGUACAAUUAUUUCGCAUUAGGAGUUAUUUAUGCACACGACAGACAGAGGAGAUAUUUAACACUUAUAGAAGUGACUUGACAACGGUAUGGCUACAAGUCAUUGGGAAUUUUACUAAACUGAUUCUACACAAUCCAGUGUACACUAUUAUCGCACAAUGUAUCUACAUUUGGUAGGCAUGUGCAACAAAUUUUAGUUUAACUGACAAAUUGGUGUGAAUGUAAAAUAAAUUUCGAACUCGAUGUAUUUUAGGAUAACAAAAAAAUUAAUAAAGUGUUCUAUCAGCUGCUUUAAACUAAA